GUGUCUUGUUCAGUGCAUAAACUGUCAAGAUGAAAGUGGUCAUUGGAAGUGCGAUCGUGCUGUUCCUUGUCUGUAUCGAGAUUGAUUCUAACGUAACUGGCUAUGGUUACGAAAUGAUCUCCAACCGUCUCGAUUCAAUGCAAGGUAUUGAAUCGAAUCUACUCACCUAUACAAACGAUACGGUACAGCAGCUAACAAAAAUGGUACAGCUAUUGACCCGGCUUCAGAUGCAACCGGGCAGCCCCAAUGCUCCUUCCACACCGGUAUCGGUUGGAGCGUCCUGUCGGGAUGUUCCGAGCCGCGUGUCCGGCAUCUAUCGUAUCGAUCCGGACCAUCCCUUCCACGAACCGAUGACGGUGCUGUGUGAUCAACAGUACGAAGGUGGCGGUUGGACCGUGAUCCAACAGCGUAUGGAUGGUACGGUGAACUUCUUUCGCGACUGGAAGGACUAUAAGAAUGGGUUUGGUACACUGCACGGAGAGUUCUGGCUGGGGUUGGACCAGAUCCAUCGAUUAACGAACGUAGCUCCGCACGAACUAGCCGUUCUGUUAGAAGAUUUCGACGGCGUGAAAGCGGCGGCUCGGUAUCAAAAGUUUCGAAUUGCUGCGGAAACCCUCAACUAUGCUAUAGUCGAGCUGGGUAACUGUAACCCUUGUGGGGCUGGUGAUGCGAUGCGUAUUCAUCUGAACGAAAGCUUCUCAACGUACGAUCAUGAUAAGAGCAAGGCACCGUUCAACUGUGCCGCCGCGUUCAAAGGUGGCUGGUGGUUUUAUCGAUGCCAUCGGUGUCACCUGAAUGGAGAUUAUCUUCACGGCAAGCUAACCGAAGCCCAGGACUCGCACGGCCUCAUGUGGAUGGACUUCCGAGGCGACAAGUAUUCACUUAAGAAGACAACGAUGAUGAUUCGACCAAUAAAGUAAUUAAGAGCUGUAUAUCAAUAUGCAUGGUAAGAAGUAAAAGUGUGAAGUGCUGUCUAUUCGGGUUUUUAUUGUACAUAAACAUAUAUAAGAAUUCUGAGCAGGAAAGUAGAGCUGAACUGAAUUUUGUUGCACUUUCAACAAAUAACCCUAGCUACAAGCGGGGAUCCACAGAAAUAUUCAAUUAUCAACGCUAUAGGCUAGCGCUGCUUCUGUACUUAUCAGGUUGUAAGGGUGAACGGUUCAGAAGUUCAUCGCUGUCGUCGUGUAUGAAACAAUUGAACGUCUAUCAAUUAGUGAAAGAACGUUUACUCAUGACCCUCACACUGCCCCUGUAGAAUGUCUCUCAUAACAUUACGAUCUAGGUCGUCCGUUGUCAUUCUUAUGACGUGACUAGCACACCGGAACUUAUUGAGUCACGUCCAAUCACAACCAAAAAAGUGUAGUACAUUUAUUACUGUAGCGUAGCUUAGUUUACUAAGCUGUAACUAAACAAUGUGAUGCUUUUUUUAAU